AUGACGCAGCCUCACACACGAUUGUUGCACUCACGUACGUCGUUGCGGGCACAGGCUCGCUGCAUCAUUCAAAAUCUAUCACCUCUGGCCUCGGCUGUUGCUACCUCGAUCCCUACGUUGGCAUCGCGCUUUUCUACAUCUUCCGGCCUGUCCACCGCGGCCGUUUACACCACUUCAAACUCUCUCCGCCGCCUUGCGUGCUCGUCUUCGACGGUCGAUCCAACAUCUGCCAUCGCAGGCGCCCGUUGCGUACUCCUUCACCUCUCGCCUAUCCGCGGACACAUCCGCACGCUGCCCUCAGUCAUGGGUCCAGCAUUGAAGCAGACUCGCGACCAUGGCGACCAUGGUCACGGGCAUGGUCAUGGCGCUCAUGGACAUCACCACCACCACGACAGCACAUACCUGACAUCCGCCAAUAAAAACGACCCCGGUGUAAGAAUCACGCGAAUAGGUCUACUGUCCAACUUGGGCAUGGCAAUUGCCAAGUUCAUCGGUGGAUGGGCGUUCAAUUCCAAGUCAAUGACAGCAGAUGCCUGGCACAGCAUUGCUGACCUCGCCUCCGAUAUUCUCACCUUGGCCACGGUUUCUUGGAGCUUAAAACCGCCGACGGAUCGAUUCCCCAUGGGAUUCGGCAAGGUGGAAAGCCUCGGUUCUCUUGGCGUGUCGGGCAUGCUGCUGGUGGGCGGUUUCUACAUGGGGUGGGAGAGCGCAAUCAGCCUGUACGGCCAUUUCAACCCUGAGGGCGCGCACAACCUUUUUGAGCACGUUGGCCACGCCCACGGCCACUCACACAACCCUGCCGAUCUGGGAAUCCCAAACAUUCAUGCUGUUUGGCUGGCUGCGGGCACCAUCCUGAUCAAAGAAUGGCUCUAUCAAGCGACAAUGAAAGUUGCGCGGGAACGCAAGUCGUCUGUCCUUGCCUCCAACGCCAUCCACCACCGUGUCGACAGCCUGACUGGCAUUGUCACUCUUGCCGCCAUCCUUGGUGCCAAUAUUGUUGAGAAUGCCGCCUGGCUGGAUCCGGUGGGCGGUCUCCUCAUUUCCAUCAUGGUGGUCAAGGCCGGAUACGACAACACAAAGGAGGCCUUGUACGAGCUGGCAGACCGCAGCCUCGACGACGACGUGAAGAACUCUAUCCGAAAACAGGCACACCGAGCAUUGUCCAACGUGAGCGAGGGCCAUGAAGCAGAGCUCCGUGAUAUUAGUGGCACCAAAUCGGGACAGAAUUACCUGGUUGACAUGGAAUUGGCCGUGCCUGGUGCAUGGACGGUGGACGAUGUCAAGGACCUGGAGGAUGCGGUGCGCAUGCAGGUCGGCGGCAAAGUGCGUGGGGUGAAACGGCUUCGUGUGCGGUUUGUCUCCCGGGAUAAGCCUGUAAACGAGAGGUUUGAUGAAUUCAUUUCAGGGCCAGAAGCAUUGCAGAAGCCGGAGCUGGAGGAGGAAGAGGAGGCUGGGAAUGGCGCUGUCGUUGAUAAAGAUGGCAAGCAUAGACAUUAG